UAAAAAAUAUAUGUUUUCGGUGACGCAAAAACUGGAUCGGAAACAGAAUACCGAACACAAGAUUCUCGCCUGAACGAUUGGCGAAUGGAACCACCACCGGAGCCUCAGAACCCUAACCCUAGCACCGGUACACCGGAGAGUCACUCAAAUCCGAAACCGAAGCGGAAGAACACCGAAUUCGAAUUCUGUAAAGUAUGCAAGCUCAAUCACAACCAAGGUCGCCGCCACAACUUCUUUCCGAACCACGUCAAAUCUCUAUCCUCUUUCCUAUCUCGAUUUCAAACCAAAAUUUCCGACGUACGGUUCUUCCUGAAGAACCCUAGCUUACUUCCUCCGGAUCUCGCUUCUCGCAACAAGUUUUGGUGCGUGUUUUGUGAUUCCGAUGUUACAGAACACGAUAGCGCUUUUACGUGUGAGAAUGGAAUCAGACAUCUUGCAAGUGCAGAUCAUUUAAGAAACUUAAAAAGUUUUAUGUGGAAAUACGGUGGUGGAAUGGAUCAAAUUGAUCGUUUCAGGUUUACUGAAGCAGAUCUUGCUAAGUAUGAAAAGAAAUGCAUAUCGUUGACGAGUGGAAGUGGCAGUGAACAAUCUCAUGGACCGUUAAUCGGACCUUCAAAUGAUAUCCACAAUGAACGGAAAUUUGAUUAUGUAGAUAACUUUGACAGAACUCGUAUCAUCUCUCAUAAUUCAAGUUAUCAAAAUAAUGUUUUACCUUUACAAGAUUAUACAAAUGAGAAAUAUCAGGUAUCCCAUUCAGAUCUAUCCGGACAUGUGGCAACCAGCACUUCUUCAUAUGAUAAUCAAUCGUUGUCGUCAGCUUCAAAUGCAAAUUUUGCAAAUAACUUAAGAGGUGUGAGUGGCUUAACUGAAGGUUAUCAUCACAAUGGGCUGGGGAAGACAUGCCAGGUAUAUGCAGAGAAAAGGGAAUCUAAUGGGAAUGGUAGUUCAGCAGGUCUGCAGCAGCUCACACAAAUUUCUUCUACAUUCUAUGAACCGAAUGCAGGAAACGUGCAUUCAGGAGCACCUCCUCCUUGGUUUAGUGCAACCAAUGGGAUUCAUCUUGAUGCAAUCAAAACUAAAAAUAAAACCAAAACUAAAACCGUGAAGUCAAAAUUAAAUCCUAAAAGGGUUGGCGCAGCUUGGGCAGAGAAAAGAAAGUUAGAGAUGGAGAUGGAGAAACGAGGGGCGUUGCCUGUUAAUACAUUUGAUGCCAGCUGGCUUCCCAACUUUGGUAGAGUGUGGCAAUCGGGUAGCAGGAAGGAUUCCCGAAAAGAAUUUGAGGUGGAGGCUAAGAAACCGAUUAAAGAUGAAAGUCAAAAUGCUGAUUCGUCAAUGCAGCUACAGCCUUAUAUAAGCAAGAGAAUGCGCCAUGAAGCUAAUGGAUGAUGUUUUUGCUUACAGCAACAAAGGAGUCGAGAUUAAAACUGCCUAUUGACAGGGACAGGGUACACGUACAGUCACACUGCAAGUAAAUGAAAAUGUUAUCCUGGUCUGGUCUGAAUAUUAGCCUUUUGAGUUACAUGUUGGACUUGGAUGUCAAGUUUAAACAAAAUUACCAUCUUGUUUUUUUAUACAGAUUAUUAUUAUUGUUAGCGGUAGCGGUAGCGUUAGCGUUAGUAGUAUUAUUAUUAGUAUUAUUAUUAUUAUUAGUAUUAGUAUUAGUAUUAGUAUUUCUAGUAAUAUUUCUAUCAUUACUUUUAUUGCAUGCUUUGAAUAUUACAUGUUUAUUAUUACACAUUUUAUUUUUGGUA